GGGGGAGGGACUCGGUGUCAGUGUCACUCCCCCUCUGCCCCCGCCCUGCUGCGCCCCGCCCGCCCGCUGAGCGGGGUAAGGCCGGUUAAUGGCAGCGCCACCCACAGGCGGCCCCUUGGUUGCAGCUCCGGAAGUGGCUCAUCACCCUGGCCUCUGAGCCCCAGUCUGGCCGCGCCGGUUGCAGCGUGCGGAGCUGUUAAUCUGUCAUUGUGAUGUAGUGGGAAACAGCUGUCCCAGGGUGAGCCAGCGUCACUGAUCUCGAGGGUUCCCCCCACAUCACUGCACAGCUGGCACUUACUGCUGCGAAGGCAUUGUUUGGUCUGUGGGGAAAAGUAGCUCUAGAGCUGGAAAAUCAAGUUUUAUCAUAAACGAUGCCUCUGUCAGAGAAGAAAGGCCUCCUCUGUUGUAAAUUGAAGGAUUAAGGCCAAAAUCACCAUAACGGUCAUUGUUUAGGAUGUAGCAGCAUCUGAAGAAAUAUGAAGUGGCUUUGUGUCAUAUUGACAAAAAAAAUUGGAUGUCAUCUCUGGGCACUUUCAACAAUGAUUCCCAAAAAAGUAAAAACAUUUCCUUAUCCCUAUAUCAUUGAGCAUAGAAUGUUGUCAGGUUACAAGUCUAAAAAUAACAUCAAAGACUCUUACAGACUUCUUAAACUUCAGGAGGGGUGUUCCCUAGAUGAUGUAAAAAAUUCAUUUACAAAUCUUGCCAAACAAUAUCAUCCAGACAGUGGUUCCAUCACAGCUGAUUCCGCAACAUUUGUGCAGAUAGAAGAAGCAUACCGAACUGUGCUUUCUGAUGUGGCCAAGAAAAUGAAAUCAAGUGAAAGUGAAGAUGAAGAAGAAACCAAAUUCAAAUCCAAAGCGCCACAGCACAGGCAGUAUUUAAGUUUUGAAGGUGUUGGUUUUGGGACUCCGAGUCAAAGAGAGCGACAGUACAAGCAGUUUAGAGUAGACCGUGCAGCUGAGCAGGUGAUGGAAUAUCGAAAGCAGAAACUCGAGAGCCAGUAUGCUACGAACACUAUGAUAGCCAAAGAUAUAAGGCAGAGUAAGAAGGUAAAAAUAACCCAAGCAAUUGACCGUUUGGUUGAGGACCUCAUCCAGGAAUCAAUGGCUAAAGGAGACUUUGAUAACCUCAAUGGUAAAGGAAAACCACUGCAGAAAUUUUCAUACUGUCCACAUAUUGAUCCUAUGACUCACAACCUGAACAGAAUUCUAAUAGAUAAUGGAUACCAACCAGAAUGGAUUCUGAUGCAGAAAGAAAUACGAGAAACUAUUGAGGAACUAAGAAAGAACAUAGUAGCAUCUAGGAAUAAACUUGGAGAGCCAAUGACACCAUGUAGACAGAAACAAUGGAGUCAGAUUUGUGAACAAUUAAUAGAAGAUAUCAAGAAACUAAACAAAAGAAUUAAUGACUUUAAUUUAAUUGUUCCCAUUCUGAACAGACAAAUGGUUCAUUUUAAUGCAGACAAAGAAAUUGCACGAGCACAGGCGGCUUAUGAGAUCCUGAUGGAAAAAACAAAGACCAUUGAUGUGGAUACAAAGGAAAAUGAACAGGAAAAAGUUAAAAUAUUUAGGCUUAAAUCCAGCUUUUUGAAGUGGAUAAAUCUUAUGCUGAAAUAAAAUAAAACGGAUAUACCAGUUUUGAUUAAAUAUUCAUGUUAAUAUAUUUUGUAGUUUGAGAGAGAAUUUUUCAGGUUUACUGAAAAUAUAAAACCUACCUGUUUUAAUGUUAUAAUGUUUAGAAGGAAUCUAGCUGCUUGACCUGGCUCUCCAAGUGGUCAAUAUGAAAGCUGUUUAAGAAUAAAUAAUUUUUCUCAGCCA